UUGCAAAAGCCAGAGGUGCAAGAAGCAGCGACUGCAGCAGCAGCAGCGGCAGCAGCAGCAGCAGCGGCAGCAGCAGCAGCGGAGGCACUGGCGGCAGCAGCAGCAGGAGCAGCAGCAGCAGCAACAACAACAAAAAAAAUUCCUCAUCAAAUCCUCACCUAAGCUUUCAGUGUAUCCAGAUCCACAUCUUCACUCAAGCCGGGAGAGGGAAAGAGGAAAGGGGGGCAGGAAAAAAAAAAAAAAAAAAACCCAACAACUUAGCGGAAACUUCUCAGAGAAUGCUCCAAAACUCAGCAGUGCUUCUGGUGCUGGUGAUCAGUGCUUCUGCAACCCAUGAGGCAGAGCAGAAUGACUCUGUGAGCCCCAGGAAAUCCCGAGUGGCGGCUCAAAACUCAGCUGAAGUGGUUCGCUGCCUCAACAGUGCUCUACAGGUCGGCUGCGGGGCUUUUGCAUGCCUGGAAAACUCCACCUGUGACACAGAUGGGAUGUAUGACAUCUGCAAAUCCUUCUUGUACAGCGCUGCUAAAUUUGACACUCAGGGAAAAGCAUUCGUCAAAGAGAGCUUAAAGUGCAUCGCCAACGGGGUCACCUCCAAGGUCUUCCUCGCCAUUCGGAGGUGCUCCACUUUCCAAAGGAUGAUUGCUGAGGUGCAGGAAGAGUGCUACAGCAAGCUGAACGUGUGCAGCAUUGCCAAGCGGAACCCCGAAGCCAUCACUGAGGUCGUCCAGCUGCCCAAUCACUUCUCCAACAGGAAAAGUCUUUUCAUGCAGCUCAUAGAAAGCCAGCCUCAUCUGCAGCAUCCCUGGGUGCUUUCAUUGACCAUUUUUUGCUAUAAGCCUGAAGGGAAUGGUGAAGUUUCUGGAAACAAGCUUUUAAGACAUCAGAUUUGGCUGAAACCAUGACCAUGCAACAACACAAUUGGCCACGAUUAAAAAAAAAAAAAAAAAAAAAAAAGCCCUCUGGUUAAAUGUCAUAAUGCAGAUUUUAAGUCUCCAUCUAUUUCAAAUCAGUCCCAAACACAAUCAGAGAUUUCACUGGAUAGCCCAGAGCAAGCCAUCUCACUUCCCUGGGGCUCAGAUUUCCUUUGUAAAAAGCAAAAUGGCUGGACUGGACCAUUUUCAGGUUUCCUUCCAGGCCUUAUGUUAUCCCAUUCCUCUAGCCCAAGAUCUCAUAGAAUGAGUGUAUUCUAUGGCUGUCCAGAUCCCAUUCUCAUCUUAGUAUUCAAACACCACCCAAGGCAGGCCACUGAGCUAGUACAGUAACAUCUGGGCAUUGUACUUUUCAGUGUUUUUACCAGCCAGGAGUGAAUUCCUGUUACAUGAGACAGCUGGCAUCCUCAGUUCAUGUGUGUGGCCUGGAAAGGUUCCCAGCAAGAACUGAGAGAUGCCAAUGGGGUUGGCGUGGAGGUCUGGCAGGGGCAGUGCAGGCCGGUCAAGUUUAGCCCCCUGUGAUAUCCCUCAGCCUAAAAACUUGACUCCCAGCCUUGAAUUUCUAUGAUUCUUUGACUCUCCACUCAAAUCUGCACAUAUCCACAAUGAUCAGUCCUUUGCAUGUUACUCUGACCACCUGAGAGUUAUCACAGGCUUAUCUGAUUAAUUUCCUAGCCAGGUGCCACCACCCUUCUUAAGAUAGUGGCAACAGCCAAGUCCCUCUGGGGCUUACGAGUGAUUUAGUCAUGUACAUACAUGCAACAAAAAAGUAGUUCCUCCUUAGGGAAAGGCUAAGGUGCCUAACACAAACGUUUUGUAAAAUUUCUUUUUCACCCUUAACUACAGGUGACUGCCCUUCAGAACCACAAGUCAAUUUGUAAAAAUCACUUCUCUAGUCCUUGGAAGUGACUUUAUCAUGGGGUUCUAAAUGGUUUCCUCAGAACAGAAAAAUCCGACCAUUUCUCUCAAGUGGGCUGUCUCUGUAUAACUCUUGGUUUUAAAUUUCCCCUAGGAAGAUUCUUAUUGCACAGAGGAAACAGGGGCAGGGGGUGGGGAGGGGAGAUCUGAUUAAUUAUUGGAGACUUCCUUCACCGUUAGGAAAAGAAAUGAAGAAUUCUUAGCCAGACAGGGGCUAAGGACAAAGUAUGUGUUUGUGUGGUAGUUAGGGGUUGGGGGAGAGGUACAUUAGUAAAGCCACUAUUACAAUUUAGAUCCUUAAGGAUUCUGUGACAAAUCAUGAUCUAUAAUAUGGCAUAUUUCCAAUUUUGAGGCGAUACUAAUCUCCCUAUUUCAUCUGAAGUAGCGUCUUCCAUUAGAAAGGCAGAGAGGUCUUUAGGCAGAACUAUAUAGCUACUCGACUAGAGGUCCCAACUUAUCUAAGAAGAGACUAGUAAAUUUUUAACCAGGCCAUUAUUUCUUCUAAUCAGUGCCUUAUUUUCAACACCUUUAGAAAAUGGUCACAAAGAAAGUUUUCUUAUCUCCCUCUUUCAUCUUAGGGACUCAUUAGGAAAGGUCAAUUGGAGAAAAAAAAAUGUGGCCAGCCCUUGAAAACCAGAAUCUUCCAUGCAACCUUUCUCCAAAAAUUUCACUUUAACAGGCUACAUGAUUCCUGCUCAGGAUUGUAGAAAUGUCCGGUUCCAUGCUGGGCUUGCUUUGCUCCAUUGAAGCUGCUCACCUUCCUGAGACAUCCUGCUUUCCCAGCCUCUAUCCCACCAUAGACACAUGCUAAGUCAGUGCCAAUUGGCACAGAAUUGCAAGAGGAAGUAGUUACAGGUUCAUUCCACCUUCCUGUGACUUAUCUAGCAUGAGAUUUGGGGCUGGGAGAAUCCAAAAGCCUGUGACUGGACCAGGAGCCAGAACAAGGGGAUUUUCCAUGACAGAAAUGCACCUAAAGGGUAAAGAGGUAGCUGGAGUUUCCACCUGCCUGAAUUUGCAGACUAUGCUUUCAACCCUGUGGGAAGCAGGUAAAAUUGAUCAGGCCAGCAGGGUGGUGUGAGGCUUGGGAACCACUUAGACCAACCCAGAUCCAGAGUGGGAAAACUGACAAAGCUUCCAACUCUCUAGGGCAUGGAUAGGGAACAGGAAACAGAAGAAUAAUAUUGAUCAAGGGAAACAAAGGACUAUUUAUAAACCCUCACACAGAACGUUCCUAGGCAGUAUGUGUGUAUUUGGGUAAGCAUGGCUGAAACAGUAGCUAUGGAGAAUAUCUGAUCUUAUUCUUUAUCAAAAAAAAAAGGUCAGGGAUGGAAUUUUCAAAGUGAGAAAAAAGAAACAUAAUUAAAAAGGUCCUUUCGGGCUGGGUGAUCAGAACACUUAGUCCACCAAGUCUUUCCAACACAUCUCCUCCAUCCUCCAUAAAGAUAAAGAAAGGAAACUUCUUCUUCUUCUUCUUCUUUUUUUUUUUUUUUUUUUUGAGACAGAGUCUCACUCUGUUGCCCAGGCUGGAGUACAGUGAUGAGAUCUCAGUUCACUGCAACCUCCAUCUCCUGGGUUCAAGCAAUUCUCCCGCCUCAGCCUCCUGAGUAGCUGGGAUUACAAGCACUCACCACCAUGCCCAGCUAAUUUUUGUACUUUUAGUAGAGACAGGGUUUCAUCAUGUUGGCCGGGCUGGUCUUGAACUCCUGACCUCAGGUGAUCCACCCACCUUGGCCUCCCAAAGUGCUGGGACUACAGGCAUAAGCCACCAUGCCCAGCCAAGAAAGGAAUCUUCUUAAGCAGUCCUAACUACCACUGCAAAGGAGGGGAUAUAAGCAGAGCUGCUCUAUUUUUUGUAAAAUUGAGAAGAAAAAUGUGUAUUGAAUCCCUAGAAACAUAGAAUGUCAUAGUUGGAGAUGACUGCUGAGGUUAACUAGACUAACUGCCUCAUUUUACUGAUUAAAGAAGAAAGGCUCAGAGAGUGGAGUGACCUGCUGAAGGUCACACAGCUUGUGAAUAACCAAGUUGGGCUUAGAACUCAUGUGGCCUUGAGCCAAGCUAUUUGAUUUCUACUUCAAAAAUGGCAGCCAGCAAAAUCUGCAGGAAAUAGCCACAACCCAAAAA